GCAGGACGAGCAACUGGGGCCCACGCUUUCAGAGCUGGAAGGUGAGGGGCUGCGGCCAGGGGACCGUCUAGGGUGGGCUUCCCAGACUGGGGUUCCCUUCAAGGCACUGAGGGCUCUUCAAGAUGUCAUUGUAAGUCAUGCGAAAUCAGCCCCGGGGUGACCCUUUCUCUGUGUCCUGCGCUCCAGACCCACGGCAGACGCAGCUGGCUCCAGAGACAAAGGGAAGGCUGGCUUCGUGGCUACAGCGAGUCCAGGCGCUCUUUCAGACCCCUGUGCGGGAGCUACGGCCAUUGUCAUCCGCCUCAGCCCCUGCAGAGCUGGAGGACAUCCCAGCAGAGGCCUCAGCUCUGAGGCAAGGACCCAAGCUGGAGCCCCAGGAGCCCUCAGGCCUGGUGCGCAGAGCAACUGCCGUGAUGGUACCAGGCCUUACAGAGCCAGAGCCAUGUCCAGACCCCAUGAGCCCCUGGGACAUCCCAGGAGUGGUUUCAGCCCCGGUGCCAGGCCCCGAGCUGGAGCCCCAUGAGCCCUUGGUCCCGGGUCCCGUGGCACCUGCAGGAAUGGCACCGGGACUGGCAGAGCCAGAGGCGGACCCGGAGCCCACCCGCGCCUGUGUCGCCAUCACCCGGCACGUGUGGAGGAAGGAGGAGUGGACCAUUCUGGCAUUUCCCCAUGGCCUGGUGGCCGAGCAGCUGACCCUGAUCUGUGCGUUCCCUGUCAUCCAAAGUGAGAUCACCAUGCAGAGGAAGCUGGCCAAGGUGUAUGACCUGGAGCCUGAUGAGCGCUUCCGGUGCUUUGCCCAGGCCGUGGAGCCCCUGGAUGAGGAGGAGAGCUACAGCCUGUCCUGCCAGCUGGAGCCCCCAGGCCAGGGGGCCGGCAGAAAGUGACUAUUCUUCAGGCCCCACAAGAUGUAAAUUUACCAGCCGGCCAGGGCCAGCUGCUGUCAUCGGGCCCGCGGCCCUGCUGGUGUCCUGGCUGCAUGUGGAGGAGAGCUGCUUCCCCUUCGGGCAGGCGGCCCCUGGCGCCCCAGGACCCCAGUCUGCUUGCUGCUCCUCCUCCUCCCGCUGCUCAUCCUGAGCCUCUGCUGGGGCAGCUGCUCUGGCACCUCCUCCGUCGGCCGACUUCGGCAUCUCCCCGGGCUGCCGCUGCCUCCUCAAGGGCCUGUACGUAGCCCCUGCCAACCUGGCCGCCUUCGUGCUGUGUCCUACCCUCUGCUCGUGGCCCGCUGGACAAAGGCGAGCCACCCCACCGUGUGGAGGGUUUUCCCCUUAGAGUAGGUGGUCUCCCGCCGUGACGCCAAACA